AUGGGCAAAAUUAUCUUGGUUACUGGUGCGUCCCGUGGGAUUGGCCUGCAGUUGGUGAAAACUAUUAUUGAAAGAGAUGACGAAUGUGUCAUAUACGGCGUAGCAAGGACAGAAGCCAGCCUGCAGUCCUUACAAAAGGAAUACGGUGCAGAUAAAUUUAUGUACCGCGCCUGCGACAUUACUGACAGAUCUCAAGUGGAAGCUUUGGUGGAAGAGAUCCGAAACAAGCACGGAAAAUUGGACAGUAUCGUUGCAAAUGCUGGGAUGCUAGAACCGGUGAAGUCCAUCUCCCAUGCCACCUCCGAGCAUGACAUCAAGCAGUGGGAAAGGCUGUUUGAUGUGAACUUUUUCAGCAUCGUCACUCUGGUGACGCUGUGUUUGCCCCUCUUGAAGGGCUCUCCAUUUGUUAGCAACAUUGUGUUUGUCAGCUCUGGAGCGAGUGUAAAACCAUACAAUGGAUGGUCUGCAUACGGCUGCUCCAAAGCCGCACUGAACCACUUUGCCAUGGAUAUUGCUAGUGAAGAGCCCAGCGACAAGGUCCGUGCCGUGUGUAUUGCACCGGGCGUGGUGGACACGCAGAUGCAAAAAGAUAUCAGGGAAACGCUGGGCCCCCAGGGCAUGACACCCAAGGCCCUCGAGAGGUUUACUCAAUUGUAUAAGACCUCGUCGUUGCUAGACCCAAAGGUGCCUGCAGCGGUGCUAGCGCAGCUCGCCCUGAAAGGUAUUCCCGAUUCUCUGAACGGCCAAUAUCUCCGCUACAAUGAUGAGCGACUAGGACCGGUGCAGGGCUAG